AACCUUUUAAACUGGACUUCAGUAGCACAACCAAAUAGAUUAAACUUUAUUCCUGAAUAUACCUAAAUGGUUUUUUUGAAACGCAAAGAUGAUGGACUCUGACAUUCCGGCGGACAGCUCAGAUGUAUAUGAGAACGUUUUCUGCAACCCAGUUUUUGAGCCUGAGGAUGAGAAUGUAGAAACCAAAGGAAAUUUCAGAAUUGACAUACAUCUUGAACCCACUAAAAAGCCAACUGCAGGUCACAGUGUGGUAAGUGACUUUGUGGUGGCUGUAAAAGGACAGUCGGGGGGCCGUGCGAUGGUAAUGGUGUCGACAGGUGUGCUGUUGAUUACGACGGUGGUGUGCCUCAUACUGCUCCUUGUUCCAAAACAAAUGAAGACUCAUAUUGGUGAGAUGUCCCAUUUUGGAGACAGAAUUCCACAGAAUCUCUCUUUGAGUCUGACUACCCCCCAUCCUACGAACAGCUCCAAGCUCCCUCUGCCUGAGAAAGUGCCCACAUUCUUUACAAAAUGUGGUGGCAUGUUGACGGAUUCUGAGGGCACUCUCAGUUCUCCAAACCACCCUGACUUGUACCCUCCAGAUUCUCACUGUGUGUGGGUGAUCAGGGUGUCUCCUCCUUACCUUGUGCAGAUCCAUGUGUCAUCUCUGGCUAUCGAGGGACCUUCUCCUUGCUUGUUUGAUUGGUUAGAGAUUAGAGAGCAGACUGAGAAGACCUCUGCUGUCACAAGAUUUUGUGGCAACGUAGCACCACCUACAGUGAAUACAAACAGCAGUACUGUGUGGGUGUCAUUUCGAUCUGAUGGCAGCAUUGGGAGAAAUGGGUUUAUUGCACAAUACCAUUCUGUAUUACCAGGACAGAAAAGCUGUUCCCGAGAGGAGUUUAUGUGUGACAAUGGCCGUUGUUUACUUCCUGUUUCCAUUUGUGACAGCCAGCCAAACUGUAAGGACCACUCAGAUGAAGUGAACUGCAGCCAGAAGCACAAAGUAUGUGGGGGGAGACUGACAGGAGAAUAUGGAUCUUUCUCCAGUCCAAACCAUCCAAAGCCUUACCCACAUCAACAGCUGUGCAUGUGGCAAAUAUCCGUGCAAGAUGGACAAGUUAUAAGACUAAGUUUUCAGAACUUCAGUCUGGAAACACAGGAUGUAUGUGAGUUUGACUACUUGGAGGUUUAUGACAGUGCAAACACGGGUGACAACACUGUUCUAGGGAGAUACUGUGGGUCCACUCUACCUCCUGAUCUGACCUCUUCUGGACCUGUGAUGACUGUUCUGUUUGUGGCUGAUGAAGGUGUUGCUGACAGUGGCUUUUAUGCAACAUAUAAGACCAUAUCUCUUUCAGAAAGAACAUGCAGUCCAUCGCAGUUUGCCUGUAGCACUGGGGAGUGUCUGCACCAGAACUGGCUGUGUGAUGGAUGGAGUGACUGCGCAGAUGGUUCAGAUGAGCAUGACUGCAUGAACUCUACCUACCCUACUUUCACUUCAUCUUGUGAGCUGAUCCAGGUUGAGAUGUGCCGAGGCUUGAGCUAUAAUCUCACUUCCUUCCCAAACAUCUGGCUGUCUAUUUCUGAUCAGAGAGAGGCUGCAUCCAUUUUGCACAAGUACUGGGUGCUGAUGGAGUUUGCAUGUUUUGAAUCUCUGCGGCAGCUAGUAUGCAGGAUGUUUUUGCCUCAUUGUAGCCCUCAGAGCGGCGUGCUGCAACCAUGCCAGUCCAUCUGUGUCACAGCAGAGCAGCAAUGCAGUCAAGCUCUCAACCUCUUGAACUUAAACUGGCCUUUCAACUGCCACCUCUUGCCAGAUUCACUGGAUCCCAUGGCGUGUUCUCUUCCUUAAAAGGGACUGCUGUUUUGAUAGAUGCACCACAACCACUCAAUCUAUAACCUCAUCUAUAAUCACAAGUAACAGACUCUAUAAAAUGUAAUUGAAAUGCCAGGUGCAAGGACUGUCCCUUUGCUGCUAUAUGACCUGAAAGAUGGCUGUAUAACCCAUCCUUUUCUGCUGUUUGAUGUCUUUAUUUCUAGAUCUUACAUUAUAUUUGAACUGGAGGCUAUUUAUUUUACAGAUUUCAAAAUGGGAAAAUUAACUUAAUUAUCUCAUCACUUCUAUUUUAUGUGUCAUUAUGAUCACAUGAAUUUGUAGGGUACAAGGGUGUUUUUCUUAAGUGGGGCGAAUAGAUUAAUUUUUCUAUAGAAUACUUGAGAUAUAAUAAAAUGUUAAAUGUGAUUGAAAUUAACAGGAAAUGGGGCACCCUUUUCUGAAGUGGUUAUUUUGAAUAAGUAUAAUCUUAAUUUGUUACUCAAAAAAGCAUCUUGCUGUCUCAAAAUUAUUUGAAUUAGUUGACAAAUUCUGCACUAUAGCUAUUGCUAUCUCCAUGAAAUCACUAUAAACCCCCUGGGGGCUUUUUACCCCAAGUAUUGCUCAACCUUUUUUUUUUUUUAUUUAUUUUA